UUAUGAUAGAUGAUUUGUUCACAUGGUUUGGUUAUGGAUGAUUAUGAGUCUCUGAACUGCUAGAAUUCAUUCAUUUGUUUAUCAAAAAAAGCACCAAUGUUGACGGAAGAAAUUAUGACUCAAGAAAUUGACAAGGGGGAUGCGGAAAAGUGCCAUGAGGAUUGCAACGCGAAAUUAUUCUAUUCGGAUGCUGCUAAAUAUUGGGAAAACGUGCCAGCUACAGUGAAUGGAAUGCUUGGGGGUUUUGGAUUCAUCUCUCAUAUUGAUAUCGACGGUUCUGAAGCAUUUCUGAAGACAUUAUUCACGUUGGAAAAUCCACCUGACAAAAAUUAUGCGGUGGAUUGUGGCAGUGGCAUUGGAAGGAUAACGAAAAAUUUAUUGGUGAAACAUUUUAAACAUGUCGAUCUUGUCGAACAGAAUAGUAAAUUUUUGAAUACCGCCAAGAAGUCCUUGUCUAGCUGCUCGACGAGAAUUGGGGAAUAUUAUCCUCUAGGAUUGCAAGAUUUCUGUGCGGCGCCAAGAAAGUAUGAUGUUAUCUGGUGUCAAUGGGUGCUCGGACAUCUUCGAGAUGAUGAUUUAGUUGACUUUUUCACAAAAUGCAUGAAUGGCCUAAAGGAGAAUGGAGUUCUAGUCGUAAAGGAGAACGUAACGAGGUCAGAUUAUGUGGAAUUUGAUACUGAGGAUUCGUCGAUAACAAGACCUUACGACAAUUUCAAGUCGUUAUUCAAGAAAGCUCAUCUAGAGUGUAUUAGGGAGCAGAAGCAGCUCCGCAUGCCCGGAAUAUUGUACCCAGUAUUCAUGUUCGCCCUCAGGCCAUCAAAAACACUAUUGGCACACCUCGCACUUCAAACGACUGACACGUCUUCUAUCUAAUUGAAAAAUCGUUCUUGGGA